AUGCGUGCUCAUAUUAAAACAUUUAUUAUAUGUAAUACUAUAUUUCAGAUUACUUGGAGACGACUUUUAAUAGUCAUUUUUCGCCCGGACACUUCAAAGAUGUAUGGCAGAAAAAACACCCAACUGAUCACCAAAAGCCGGAUGAGCAGCAAAACGAUCUGCAAGAAGAAGCGACAACGUUUGAAAUUCCUUCCCAGUUUUUGUUUUCAUGCCCAAAUGAGGGAUACGUCAAAAGCUAUCAGCGCCAUUCUAGUCUUGAAAAGCACCUUGAGUUUGGAAAAUGUCAACUACAACUAGAAAAAGAGACGCUUUUUGACAAGGCUAAAACAUUAUAUCAAAGGAAACUCCUCGAAGGCGGAUGUGCUUCAAUAACUAUCCAGGCCGAAGCGAUGUCUCAGGAGGGCAGCACACCGCUCCCAGUGGGUUGGGCCCUGAGCUCAUCUAAGAAGGGGAAUCGUUUCAGUGAUACCCAGAAACGUUACCUCGAAGACAAGUUUAUGAUUGGUCAAGAAACGGGCCACAAGCAAGAUCCAGCAGUCGUAGCACAUGACAUGCGCUUCGCUCGAAACAAUAAAGGAGCAAGACUGUUUACUGUUCAGGAAUUUUUGACCGCCAGACAAAUCCAGUCUUUCUUCUCGAGGAGGGCCGCAAAACUACGACGUCAGGGGCAGUCGACAUGCGAGACCGACCUGGAGCCUAAUGAUGACGAUAUAGCUGCAGCAGAAGAAGAACAGGCCUACGAGGACAUUCGUACGCUAGUCCUUAGCGAAGUCCAGCUCCGCCAACCUAUCGUGUUUGACACCUACAAUCUGUGA